AUGGAGUAUGCGAAAAAGAGCAAAUUUACUGGCGCCGAAGUCAAGUCCUUGCUCGGCAUUACGCCGGCUCAAUGGAGGAACAUAUUCAAAGCUGUGCACGACUACUUUGUCGAGAAUGCGAUUGCCAGCAGAACUAUGGCAACAGAUGAGCAAUGGGACGAGGCCGUGAAAUUCCUGCUCAGUUAUCCGCCGUGGAAUAAAUUCAGAUGCCUGCUUCAACAGCCGGAAGAGAAGUUCUCUGAAGCACUUAAAGAGAAGGAGCGUGUGGCGAAGUCAGCGAAGGUGAAAGCAGCGAAGAAGAAGGAGACCAAGGGCAAGGCGACCGACACAAAAGGCAAGGGCAAGCAGCUCGAGGCGGCGCCAAUUCGCAGUUCGACAAAGUGGGACAAGCAGGACCAGACACCUCUGCCCGAUGACGAGGACGAGGUCCAUCCUGAUAUUGAUGAAUUUGCUUCGUUGGAAGAUGAAGCGGAGAAGCCGAGGGACAAGACUAACGUCGGAGAUGAGACGGAUGACAAAGAGAUAUCUGAGGAAGCCAACGAGGCCUUCUCGGUGAAGACUAGAAAGGUGGAAAGGGCAUCAUAUCUUACUGAUCGGCCUAUCGGUAUUUCAACCUUUGAUGGGCAUCCCUACCAGACGUUUAGUUCACUUCCCGGUCCGUAUCUAUCGGCGGUUAUGAGGAUGGUCAGGGGGGUACAACUAGACCCUGAAACCCGCAGCGGUCCUUCUGACUUACCACACCCGACGAUACGCCGUUUGGUCGGGUCUCUUGUUCUCGACGAGGAGUUUUUCAAGACCACGUCGGGUCAAUAUCGUGUUUACCAGCCGUUACCGGAACAGGUCAUCUUCCUACAUUCGGACAAAGAUGUCAGACCGACCCCACUGCGGCUGUCAUUCCCCUACUUUUAUGGUGACUGGGAGGUGCUGAUGGACAAUCAGUUGCGGAUUGACCGGAGAGCAUCGGGCAUCAAGGGUGAGGAGACAGGAACUCGUUGGGGGAAACCGACGAAGAGGAAGAGAAGUGAGAUUGUGGAGGUGAGUGACGAUGCCGACGACAAUGACAACGACGACGACGCUGACGACGACGCCGACUACGACAAGGAAGGCGAUGGUGAAGGUGGAGGGUCGAGUUCCCGUAAAAAGCCCAGAGCAGAGAACGCCAGAGAGGGCAGCUCGAGCAAGGUGGGCCCGAAAGGUAACGUAGGGGGCAGCUCGAUCAAAGCAGCCCAGAAAGAUGACAAUGAUAGCGACAACGAUGACAAAGUGCGCGAGGAGGACGAUGACGUCGCCGACGAGGAAGAAGAAGAAGAAAAGGACGAGGAAGAAGAGGAGGAGAAGGCAUCAAGGAGAAAGAAGACAAAGACACCCGGGCUCAGGAUGCUGGCCAAGACACCGCCAUCAAAAAUACCUGAGCCCAAGACGCUGGCCAGGAUGCCGCCAUCAAAGACACCCGGCCCGAAGACCCUGGUCAAAACACCUGCUCAGACUACUGCUGCCCAGCGAGGAGGGAAAAGGUCGAGAGCACUCCAUCUGUUCGAUGAGCCUGCUGAGAGCCCGCCCUAUGGAAGUGAGCUGGAGGAAGAGCAAGGGGACUUAAUAGCAGAGUUUCAUGGAUCGACUAGUGGAUAUACGGGGUUACGAAGAGUCGGAUUAGUCAGAAAGUCUGAAAGAACUACGCAAAAAGAGAUGUCUGCUGAAGAGCCUGCCGGGGAAGAUAGUUACGUUGAUGGUGGCCCUGAUGGGGGUAUUCCUCCCGGCGGGCGCGGGGACGAGUCAAUCGAUAUGGAGGUGGAUUACCUUACCGAUGCAUCGGCUAGUUCAAUUGAAGUGGCUAAACUCCAAACAAAUUCGCAUCUUCUCCAGUUCGUACACCCCCAAACCUCCCCUGCUCCCACUAACAUCAACCUCCCUGACCUCCCUGUGAAGGGCUGGACUUCCGGCUCUCAUCCUGUGACUAGAAAGAAACUUCGCUUCGAGUAUCACUGGUUGAUAGUAGGUUGCACGCCCCAGUCCCCUGCUCCUUCAUGGCAAGAUGUAUUUGACAAUAGACGGGAGAGUCCAUGCCCAACAACCUACGAGCCCCCACUCUCAAGCCUACCACCCCAGGAGUCUCAAUUUCAGCAAUCUUCGUCGAGGGAUACGUCACCAUCGGUUACACGAAAUAGAGAAUCUGACGCGAACCAGCCGCAUGACACUUUUUAUGCCUCUCCCGGGUGUGAUUCUGAGUCUAUUAGAACAUCGUCGGGAGGGACCCACCCCGAAGCCCAUCGUCAACUUUCUGAGCUUUCUAGACCGGCAUCGACAAGAGCCCCUUCCGAAGUCAUCAGGAGUACAGAUUAUGCUAGUGGCAGCGGCGGUGGAUAUUCUGGAGAGUCGUUGUCACAAAAUCUACUAGCGCCGGUAGACCCUACCGAUCCCAACAAAACCAGAACUCUCCGACAUCGUAGCUUAGGGCAAUUCGACAUUGAGCUGAAGACUCUAAUCGAAAAAGCUGGUUGGCAUCUCACCAAAGAGACACUAUUCAAAAACCCGAUGCCCUCGGUAUUAGAAUUGGCGUCCAUGGUCAGAAAUUCAUGGGAUUUUGUCAGGGCGGGAACCGACUUUCCAGCAGAGUUGUCGACCGUUGUGUCCGGAUAG